ACCACUUAACAGUAGGUUAAUGAAUCAAGACAGCUAGAGAACUCAUAAAGGACAAAUCAGAUAUGAUUGCUUCUGUUAUAAGGCAGUAGGGUGCUGUGAGUGAGAAUUGAUAGGUGCAGGCUGUUUUUCUCACCUUGGCAUUCACCCACGUGGAUGAGGUUCAACAGUUCAGUGGUGGUUACAGCUUUUUACUUGUUGAUCUGUCUGGGAUAUGAUGUGACAUCUGUGAAACAUGCAUCCUCUAAUAGCUGGAGAGCAGCCUGAAGCAAAACCCUGUACAGCUCCACAGCUUAAGAAGAGAGGAGGGAAUGCAAGUCAGAAUGAAAGUCUUCUGUUCUAGGCUUUCUACAGCUAAUGAUUCUUGAAAUCUCAGCACCAAUUUGUGUCUCUGAAACUCCUUUCCAGACUUGCCUACAGAGGACAAGUUGAUGGUUGCAUUGACUGGUCAGUGGAUCUCAAGACAUACAUGGCUUUGGCAGGUGAACCAGUCCGAGUGAAAUGUGCCCUUUUCUACAGCUAUAUCAGAACUAAUUAUAGCAUGGCCCAAAGCACAGGUCUUAGGCUUAUGUGGUACAAAAACAAAGGAGAUUUAGAAGAACCCAUUAUAUUUUCUGAAGUUAGGAUGAGCAAGGAUGAAGACUCAAUAUGGUUUCACUCGGUUGAGUUGCAAGACAGUGGUUUCUACACAUGCGUUCUAAGAAAUUCAACCUAUUGCAUGAAGGUGUCCAUGUCCUUGACUGUAGCUGAGAAUGAAUCUGGGCUUUGCUACAACAGCAAGAUCAGAUAUCUGGAGAAAUCAGAAGUCACUAAGAGAAAGACAAUCUCCUGUCCUGAUAUCGAAGAUUACAAAACAGCCAGUCAGGAGCCAGCCGUGGUGUGGUACAAGGAAUGUAAGCCAAAGAUGUGGAGAAGUGUUGUCAUUCAGAAGGGAAAUACUCUGUUAAUACAAGAGGUGCAGGAAGAAGAUGGAGGAAAUUAUACCUGUGAACUAAAGUUUGAAGGCAAGAUUAUACGAAGAACAGUUGAAUUGAAGGUUACUGCUUUAGUCACAGACAAACCUCCAAAGCCAUUGUUCCCCAUGGAGAACCAGCCAACUGUUAUAGAUGUCCAGCUGGGAAAUCCGCUGACAGUGGCCUGCAAAGCCUUCUUUGGAUUCAGUGGAGAGUCAGGCCCCAUGAUCUACUGGAUGAAGGGGGAAAAAUUCAUAGAAGAAUUAGAAGGUCACAUUAGAGAAGGGGAAGUCAGACUCCUCAGAGAACAUCUUGGAGAAAAAGAAGUUGAAUUGACAUUGAUCUUUGAUGUUGUAGAGGAGGCAGACCUGGCUAACUACACAUGUCAUGUGGAAAACAGAAAUGGACGGAAACAUGCCAGUGUUCUUCUGCGCAAGAAAGAUUUGAUCUACAAAAUAGAGCUUGCUGGAGGACUGGGAGCCAUCCUUCUUCUGCUUAUUUUGCUCGUGACCAUCUAUAAGUGCUACAACAUAGAGUUAAUGCUGUUCUACAGACAGAACUUUGGAGGAGACGAAGCAGCUGAUGACAACAAGGAAUAUGAUGCAUAUCUUUCAUACACCAAAGUGGAUCCUGAUGCAUUAGAUUGUGAAAAUAAUGAAGAGGAGCAGUUUGCACUUGAAAUUCUGCCAGAUGUUCUAGAAAAGCACUAUGGAUAUAAGCUCUUCAUUCCGGAUAGGGACCUGAUCCCUAGUGGCACCUACAUUGAAGAUCUCACAAGAUGUGUUGAACAAAGCAGAAGACUCAUUAUCGUGUUAACUCCAGACUAUGUUCUCAGGAGAGGAUGGAGUAUUUUUGAGAUGGAAAACAGACUCCAUAACAUGCUAGUCAGUGGAGAAAUCAAAGUUAUUUUGAUUGAGUGUACUGAAUUAAAAGGAAAAGUGAAUUAUCAUGAAGUGGAAACUUUAAAGCACACCAUCAAACUUCUCUCAGUGGUCAAGUGGAAAGGACCAAAAAGCAGCAAACUGAAUUCAAAGUUUUGGAAGCGCCUGGUCUUUGAAAUGCCAGGGAAGAAAAAGGAGGUGGUGUCUCGGCAUCAGGUCCUGGAUUCUGCAGAGCAGGGCCUUUUUGGAGACCUCCAGACUGUACCCUCUCUUGCUGUCACAGGCACCUCUACCACGUUGGUAGAAUCGCGGGCUGAUUUAACUGACUACCAUCAAGCAGACUCUGUGCAAAUGAGACAUUACUGCAGAGGAUACGAGUACGAUGUGUCAGCAGCAACGUUGCCAAUAGCUUCCAUAAGCAACCAUCACACCUACUGUAACAUACCUUUGACACUACUAAACGGACAGCUACCUCUUAACAAUGCCAUGAAGGAUUCCCAGGAGUUUCACAGGAACAACCCCUUGCUACCUUUAUCAGCAAAGGAUCUUAGCUUCACCAGUGACAUUUGGUAGUGAAGAGCAGGACUCUUUUGAGAUGCUUCAUGACAGCCAUGAAGACACAUUUUUAAAGAACUUUGCCCUAGCCCCAUGGGGUGAGAAUACAUAUUUGAAGCAGCAGCACACUUGUUUGCUUUUCUACUUGAACUUUUUUUGUUUACAUUUACAAGUUAUUGACAAGGGGGGCAUUCUUUUGUAGCUCAGUAAUGUCCUGCCUGUCUUUUAAUGUACAGUUUUAUUGCUUCUUUUAAAAGGAGGGGGGAAUAGAGGGGGGAAAAAUGCCCCUUCAUUUUACAGUAGGUUUACAAUCUGGGAUGGAUAAAAGGUCACUGUAUAUGAUCUCCAACAUUCAUACAUAUUUAAGUAGUAGUAGCAUUUAAAAUACAUGGAAGUUGAUGGGUUUUUCAUGUAGACUUCAGUUUGAAAUUCUAACCAUGCUACGAAAGUGGUUAUCUCCUGCACAGACCACGAGAGGUGAAUCAUUCUCAAAAGGAAGGAGGAGGAAACCUUCCCGGUAAUAGCGUCUUGCAAAUAUAUUUUAGAAGAUGACCAGCUGACACAAUGCAGCUGAAGCUUUGUCCAUGAAGUGCAAAGUAACAGUUACCUGCAGAAUUAGAUCACCUGCUCACAUCAGCACCUCUUCAUUUUAUUACUGAGACCUGUUGUAUUGCUAGCCAGUGGCUAGCAGUGUGGUUUUAUAAAGCAGCUUACUAGAAUAUCAGAAGAUGCUUUAGGAGGAUUUUAAACAGGCGAUCGUAAGUGAUUUCAGAUUUUUCUCAUAUUCUUAAUGACUUUUUUGAAACAGUUAAGCAUAAAUUUACCCAUUUGAAAUUUCUUAAGAUCUCUUGAGCUCUUCUAAGAUUUGUGGUAAAGACAAUGUAAUUUUACAUUGGACUUUUUCCCCUCCAAAACCUGUAGUUGCAAUCUCAAGUUAACUUUUUUUUGUGAGAACAUCAGCAAUAGAAAAUAAUCACUACAGCAAUAUUCUGAGAUGAAGUGCUAAAUUCUUCAGGUUUACUAAUAUCAAUUGAAGUGAUAAUCGCCCAGGAAGUUCUUUCUAUUUAUUUACCUGUCAAUUUAUGUACAUUUUGAAUAUGGCUGAAACAGGAAUGUUUCUGUUCUCUCUGCAGCUAGUGGAAAGUGAGAUUUUUAAGCAGCUGGUAAGGUCUUGCUUGUGAAUGAUCCUAUCAGUCAAAUAGGAUGUUCUCCUUUAUCAGACAUGGAAGGCAUUCUUGCUGCUGCUGGAUGAGAAGUGUUAUACAGGUACUUGACAUCAGGCAUUACUACUCAAGAGAGCUGAGUUUUCAUUGCACCAGAACAUUUCAUGGAGUUUUCCACACUCGCUCAAUCAAAGGUCUCUGAGUCAGACCAUGGAGUAUUCAGGGGAAGAGCUCUCAAUAAUGAAGGCAGAAGCCAGUUUUGCAGGUUUUGACAUGGCUUUAAUGAAAAUACAGUUGACAUGAGGAUUUUGUCUCAGCAACAUCUGCCAGAGCAAGUUCCCCAAAAUAUUUUUGUGGCAGGCAUCCUUGCCUGUAUUUCGGUAUGUUCUUAGCGUUCUUCUCUUUGACUGCAUGAACAAAGUUAGCACUCCACACUCAGCAGCCUGUGGUUUCAUCAGAAAACAAGUUCAGUAAAUCCUUGACAUUUUGCAGUGGUUCCUAAAUUGUACCCUACAGUCAAAUGGAAACAAACACUGACCUAAGACUUAAAAGUAUCCAGAAUUGGCCCAAAGGCCAUGAGAAUGAUCUCAAAUGUGCAAUAUUUCAUAGAGGUUGGUAUUUUUCCAUCGCUUCUUUCCCCAGCUCUGUACUCUGUGCCCUCUUACACCGGUUGUUAUCUAUAAGGUUUUCCUUAGGUUCUAAAUAAUACAUGUUUCUCUUGGGUUUGUUUUUUUCUAGCAUCAUUCUGCAUUUGACACUAACACUGAAAAUGGAAACCUAGGAGAGAUACUAAUUUAUUACACAGUGUAGGACUACAACUUGCUCUUUCGUGAGGUUAAGUUCUGAACAUAUAGGUGUUUAAUAGAUGUAUUUUUCUACUGAGAAAGUAAAUGAUUUUACCUUCAUUAUAAAUAUAUGUAUUUCAACCUCCUCCCAGAAACUUACUAAAUUUGCACUGUUUUCUAAGUGUUACAGACUGUGUUUACACUGGCUAUGUUCUUUAAUGCAAAGUGUAAUUAAAAUAUGAACAAAAAAAAAAGAGAGAGAGAAAAAAAACCUUAAAGAAUCCCCUGCAUGAAAAGAGCUGCAUAUGUUGAAAUGAAAAGCUGUACUUUUCAUUAUUUUCUUUCCCACAUUACUCUAGAAUCUGGUUAAUUCACAUAGACUGUUCAGUGAGAUUUUAAACCUACUAGUUCUGUAUUAAGCAUGCAAGCACCAAGAAGAAAAAAGAAAAAAAAAAAAAGAGGAAAAAAAAAAGAAGAAAAUCCAUAUGUAGGUUGGUCUGCUUCUUUUAUUUACAGUCAUUAAAUGUGGGUAGGAGAUUAAUUUUCUUGAUGAUACUACGCCUCUUAGUGCAGUAGCUGUUCGAAAGCAAGCUGUGGUCAUGUUUUCAGUGAGGUCCCAUGAAAAGAACAGUUUUUCUGUCGUUCUGCAAAAGCACAUUGUGUGUGUGUGUCUGUGUAUUGAUAUCUUUUAGUUAUAGAUGACAAGUCACAAACUGCUUUAAGAUUACAAAGUGUGUAUUAAGUACUACAAUAUAUACAUGAAUCAGAA